AUGACUCAUUCAGUAACCGGUAUAUGUGAGCUCGUCGGAUUCUCUGCGCUGACUCUCGGGAGUGGCCAUGGUUGGCUUCAGGGUCAAUAUGGGCUCAUGGCGGAUCAAGUAACCUCUGCUCGUCUCUUGCUUCCUUCUGGCAAACUCGUCACUGUAUCGGAGAAUUCUUAUCCGAGUUUAUUUUGGGCCAUUAGAGGCGCAGGACAUAAUUUCGGGCUGGUGAUGGAAUGGGAAUAUCGUGUUUAUGAUAAUAGUGCCCCGUUAUGGUCUUAUGAAAUCUUUAUUUAUUCAGGAGAUAAACUUGAGUCUCUCUAUGAGGAAGCGAAUAGAUUGUUGCGAGAUCAACCGGCGGAGCUAGUUCAUUGGAGACAUAUUAUCAAGGCUGCAGAGAUCGAUCCAGAUCAUGUUAGUCACUGUCCCGACGCAAUAUAUUUGGGAAUGAUUAGAAGCUAACAAUUUAGCAGCCGGUGCUGUGGUUCGGUAUCAUCUACAACGGCUCUCCCGAAAUAGCCAACAAAUAUGCCAAACCAUUCCAUGGCAUCGGACCACAUAGUGUACAGACUGGUCAGGGAUCACUAGACGAUCUCGCCGUCGUCACAUUUCAAGACGCAGAUGGCCCAGGAUGCACUUACGGAAUGACAUCCCUCCGAUACCCUAUCGGAUUGAAAUCAUACAAUGUGACGGCCGUCAGACAAGUAUACAACGAGAUCGACUCAACAUUCCGCAAAGUUCCAGAGAUAGCUGGUUCAUUUUUCUUGGUCGAAGGCUACUCGACUCAAGCAGUUAAAGCCAUUGAUGCAGUAAAUACGGCGUUUCCGCAUCGAGACGAUAACAUCUUGGUUACAUCGUACGUCAUGUAUGCGCCUGACUCGAACAUCGACCCGAUAGCAAAGGAAUUUGGGGAGAAGCGUCGGAAAUACUUGCUAGAUGGAAGUGAAGACCCAGAACAUCUCCGUGUCUACGUCAACUAUACCGAUGGCGAUGAGUCUUUACAGGCGAUCUAUGGGUAG